AUGGAAAUAACUGAAAUUGACCGUGAUCCUAGCCUUUUCCCACAAGCACCACCUUCCACUACCACCACCACCACCACCGAUGCGACCACCGUGGCCGGACGGAAAAGAGGAAGACCCAGAAAGUAUAACUCACCGGAAGAAGCUGUGGCUGCCAAGAAACUGCUUUUAGCCACUAAAAAACAACACAUUUCUCCAUCUCCCUCUGCUACUGCCAACAAUUCUUUUCUUGGGAAUGAUAGCAAUGGUUUUACACUUGAUAUCAUCAAUGUCACUACUGGAGAGGAUAUUAACCACAAGAUAAUGUCAUUUGUGCAACAAAGCAAACAAGAGAUAUGUAUCAUGUCUGCAUCCGGUGUGGUCUCUAGUGCAUCAAUAGGCCGACCAGACGCAUGGGGCAGCAAAAUUACAUACAGGGGGAGUUUUGACAUUAUAUCACUUUGUGGAUCUUAUGUACAUGCUGAUGGUGAAAGCAGGACUGGUGGGUUGAGUAUUUGUAUGUCUGGUAACAAAGGGCAAAUUGUUGGAGGUGGGGUUGGCGGACCACUGAUAGCUGCGGGCCUCGUGCAGGUAAUCGUUGGCACAUUUGUUAUCAGCAGUAAGAAAACAGUCGCAGAUUCAGUUACGGAUGCUGUUAAAGAUGAUGCUUCCGUCGUAGCAUCAGUUCCAAAUGCAGUUACAGAUGCUGUUAAAGAUAAUGAUGCUUCCGUUGUAGCAUCAGUUCUAGUUACAGAUACUGUUAAAGAUCAUGAUGCUUCUGUUGUAGCAUCAGUUCCAAAUGCAGUUACAGAUAACGAUGUUUCUGUCAGAGCAUAAAUUCCACAUGUAGGCUUCCCAUCAGUACCUGAUUCUAACGCAGGACAUUCAGUAUUGGGCGACGAUAGUGAUUAUCAAUAUAAUAAUGUUGGUGAACUUCUAAGAGAUGUCAACUAUCUCCGAUCCCUCCAUGGGGAUGGUUUGCGAAUGAUCUUCUAAGAGUGCUCAUACCGAUUCUUACAUUUUCGGGGAUGUGCGAGGAUCGUUCUUGGUCGAUGUUCGAAGAAUAGCUACCAACUAGCAUAUGCUCACUUGAGGAAGUCUUCAUCUUAUGAUUAGCAUUUCUGAUGUAGAGUGAAUUUCUUUAAUUGACAAUGGUUUAUAAGAGAAAUUGAGGAAGUCUUCACCUGAUGAAAUCAGUACAUAUAUAAAUUGAUGCAGAGUAUUCAACUAAAUACAUCAUGUUGUCAGUCUCUUUCUCCUCUUUUAUUUUCUUUGUAUUGCACUUGAGUUGAGUACUAGAAAUUGUUUAGUUACACGAGUAAUUUGAGGCUUCAUUGUUUAAAGAGCUUGAUUUGUGUUGUAUGAUGUUGUUUUCUCAUUCUAUUCAGUGUAUGAUGCGGUUUUCG